AUGGCUGAUCAUCUAUAUAAUCUACGAAAUGGAUUGAUUGCUGGGUGCAACAAGGCACUUAUAAAGGGUCUCCUGGAUGACUUACUUGAAGAAAAGGUACUAAACGAUGGAGAGGUGGAAUAUAUCGAUGAACGAAACGUUCUUCCUAGUGACAAAAUGCGUGCCCUAAUUGAUAUAGUGAGAAAAAAAGGAAACAAAUCUAGCAACAUCAUGAUCCAGAAAGUGUCAAAAAGAGACUUGAUGCUUAGUGAAAAACUGGGGAUAACAGCACCUACAGAAUACCCGUUGCCCCAGCAAGAAACAAAGAUUGAGUCACCCAGCCAAAAGACACCUUCAGAAUUCCCAUUGCCCUCACAGGAACAGAAGGUUAAGCCACCCAGCCAGACAGAUAGUAAUGGCAUCACGCUGUGUUUACAGGAGGAAUAUGAGAGGAUUUGCUCAACAGAAAGGGAUAACAAGUACCCUAUCCUGCCUCAGAAGGAACGUACACGCCGUGCUCUGAUCAUUUGCAAUGACAAGUUUGAUAAUUGUUAUCUUAAAGAACGCCAUGGAGCAGAGCAUGAUGUGAAAGGGAUGGAGCAACUGUUAGAAGGGCUCGGAUACAAAGUUCUUAAAAGAACCAACCUGACAGUGCGGGAGAUGCGGGACACAAUGAGAAUGUUUGCUGCUGAGCAGGAACACAUCACCUCAGAUAGCACCUUCAUAGUAUUUAUGUCUCAUGGUCAGAGAGAUGUCAUAUGUGGAACUGACUCUGAGGAGGAGACAAACAAUAUGCUACAUGUUGAUGAGAUCUUCACUACCUUCAACAAUGUGAACUGCCGCGUCCUGCGAGAUAAACCAAAAGUUAUAAUUAUUCAAGCCUGUCGUGGGGGGGAUAAAGGUCAAGUGUUGGUAGCGGACAGUGCUUGUGCCCUUCCUAGUGCGGUCCAGGAAAGCUUGGAAAGCGAUGCAAUGCGAAUGCUUCAGAAGGAACGUGACUUCAUUUGCUUUUGUUCUACUACCCCAGACACUCUUUCCUGGAGAGAUACCCAAAAAGGCUCCUUGUUCAUUCUACGUCUGAUUGAGCACAUGAAAGUUCAGUUUUCCUUCAAGGACAAGGUACAGAUGCCUACACAGGAGAGGAAAACACUCAUGAAGAAAUUCUACCUUUUCCCUGGACAUUAGGAAUUUAGAUU